GGCAACAGACGGGGUGGAGGGCUGUGUCACACCUCGGCUGUCAAUUGUUGACAAUUGUUGCUCAUUUUUAUUUCUAGGCUCCGAAAUUAAAUUGACAUACAGCUGAGAUGCAGCGCCCAGCUGCGGCUGCAGCCGCAUCUGCUGGUCCUGCUGGUGUUUCUCCACAGCAGCCCAGAUCCAGCAAGAUGAUCCGUGUUUAUGACUGCCGCACCGAAAACGGGGAGACUCCAAAGAUAGAUCUGGAUGCGAGAUGUCUGGACUUUAAUGGCUUUAUGCAACUUAUCUGCAAGAAAUUUGCUCUCCGUUUUUAUGAGACAUUUGUGCUGGUCACAACCGACAGAAAAGUUAUGAAUUAUGACACCUUUGGGGAGCUUCAAAGUGGCAGCACCCUCUACUUGUUGCACCACGAGAACCAGCCUCUGCCAGCAGCGAUGUCGGAGGAAAUCAUGUUCCAGCCUCAUUACGAUUCGCUGCUGAAGGCUGGGACUUUCGAGUACUACGCUGAGGGCCAGAAAUCAUUUACUUACGCGCUCGCUGAGCUGGUAGACAACUCUCUUUCAGCCACAUCUGGUAACUCAGGAGUGAAGACAAUAGAGAUACGGAUGCUGUUUGACAAAACCCCCGCGGUCCUUGUUCUGGAUAAUGGGCGAGGCAUGAGCUCGAAGGACCUCAAUAACUGGGCCACAUACAGACUUUCUAAGUUUAAAAGGAACAGCAGCAUAUUUUCAAGUGAAAAAGAAGACUAUGUUCGCCCCGAUCACACCCGUCGCAGUCUCAACAGUGAUAUUUCGUACUUCGGAGUUGGAGGAAAACAGGCAUCUUUCUUCAUCGGGGACUCAGUCAGAAUGAUCAGCAAACAAGCAAACUCUCCAGAUGUUCAUGAGCUGGUUCUAUCAAAAGAAGACUUUGAGAGAAAAGAGGAGAACAAAGAAGAUAUUUACAAAGGGACUAUCUUAAACAGGAAGGCCGGCGACUCCUCACACAUCGCAGAUGAUGAGCGCUUCCUCCAUAGCAUCAUCGCAGAGGAGUCUGGGAAGGACAGCUUCACCGCGGCCGUGAUCACAGGAGUCUUCCCUGAUCACAUCACCUACCUGAAGCAGCACUUCGACGAGUGGACCAGAAAGCUAGCACACGUUUAUCACUAUUACAUUCAUGGUGUCGAUGGAAACAACAUGAGGAGCCCCCAAACUUCACAUAAUCACCUUAAUAUUGAUAUUCUGGUCACUCUGCGGGAGAAGCCUCCUAAAUGCCCUCGUGUGAUGAAUCUCAGAGAAGUUGAAGAUGACAUGCAAACUCUGUACAUUAACGCCGCCGUGGACACGUUUGAGUUCAAGGCCCAGACUGGAGACGGCGGGGUGGUGGAGGGAGUCCUUCGGUAUCACCCCUUCCUCUAUGACAAGGAGACUUACCCUAAAGAUCCAGUUGAACCUCCAGCACCCGUUGAUGAAGAAGAUGACGAUUACAGCAUUCCUUCUGGAAACCUGGGGACGAGAGACAUCUUCGAAUGUUUCUGGAACGGGCGGCUCAUCCCGUACACCAAAGUGUCGGAGUUCGACUGGUGCCCUCGAUCCUGUAAAGGCACAAAGUUAUUACCUUCAGAGUGUUACAGUCGCUUUUCAGGGGUCCUUUUUACCGACGACAAGUUCCUGGUCAGCAGUAGUAAGCUCAAGUUCAUGGAGCUGGAGCUGAAACUGAAGGACAAGGAGACCAUUUUCACUCCGAACUCUAACACACAGAGACACUCACAAAGAGGCAAUAUUGAGAAAGAGUUUAAGCAGUGGCUUCAAAACUGUCACGAGAAAUACGACAAGGAAGUCGAGUUUCUGGGCUACAAAGAGACUAUCACACGAGAGGAUGCGCCCAACAAGAAGAUGCAGUUCCCCUGGGCAACGUUCUCCACCAUCGAAUGGGAUGGAAAAACGUACAAAGAGGGGCAACUUGUGAAGUCUCAGAAGACGGUCCCCAUCAUUUAUGGCUCAGUGAUUCGGUUUCUGCUGUAUGGAGAGUACAACAAAACCUGCUUUGCAACGGGAGGACACGUGGAAGUGAACCGUGAGCCUGAAGCGCUUUAUCACACAACCAAGAUCAUACCCAUUUCAAAGAUUGACAAGACCGCCACCGAUGAAAACAUCAGGACGUACAUUGAGAAUGAUGUUGACAAGAUCCCGGAGAAGCUGGUCAUGGACUGGCCUGAAGGUAACCCUUGGUCGCAGGACUCCGCACACCCCGCUGGCACUCCUUUAGGACCCCUCAGAGUUAACAUUCUGAACAGGAAGGGCGACCCGCUGUCCGUCAUACAAACGGGGGGGCCGGGAAAAAAAAUGAAUGUUGACCUCAAAAUCGUCCACCACGGUUCUAAAGGAGAUAAACAGAUUGGUGGCAACACUAUUGCCCGCUUCGUACAAAAGCACGGUUACUGGUUCAAAAAAAUAGAAAAUCUGACCAGCUUGGGGAAGUACACGUUGUCUCUGAAAAGCAUGAUAAAUGACCCCUCUGACUUCGGAGGCCGACUUCCGAAACACGAGCUCAAGUUCACCAUCAAAGAGGGAGAGGCAGAGAGUUUCACAGUUGGCGAGGUGAACCCGACUCUUCGUGUGGGAGUGCCAUUCAACAUUCCUCUACAGAUAGUUGAUCGCUACAACCACCCAGUGACACUCCCUUCCAAAAUCAAACCUGUCAUCGACUGCGGUGGGCUGGAUUUGAGUUAUGAGACGGUGAGCAGCAGCAGCAGCAAAACCUUCACCAUCAGUGGUGUCAAAGCCAGGGGAAAAGUGCUAAACUACCAAAAGAGCUACGACCUGACAGUGACGCUGCCGGGCCUCAAAACAGACACAAAAAUGAUCAAGAUUGCUCUUCUUCCUGGUAAUCCACAUUCACUUCACGUGAAACCAGAACUCGAUCAGUUCAAAUUAGAGAAUGGAGACUCGGCUACCUUCACUGUUGAGGUUCUCGACGAGGCCGGAAACAUCACCGCCAACCCCAAACAGAUCGUUCGCUGUCAGGUCUCCGGACUUCCCCCGGUUACGACCGACUGCAGCAGAACUGGAUCUGGGCAGCUUGUGACAAAACCCAUAAACGUACACAUAAUCGACGGACAACCACAAAUGCUUGGAGUUCAAUUUAACAUGCCUAGUCAGAGGCACAUAAAACCGGUGAUGGCGCAGAUAAAGGUCCUGCCCAGCAGUAGAGUCUCAAAGAUACAGCUCUACUUUCAGGACGGCGAUAAUCUAAUGCUCAGGAACAAUGAAAAGAUUGACUGGCAAGCUGGAGGAGUGCUGGAGAGACUGUUUUACAAACUGUACGAUGAGUCUGAGAUAGAGGUGCCACUCACUGCUGAAAUAGCCUCCAAGAUCAAGGUUAACUGGACGGCAGACGUGGAUCAGGCAGAUCUGUUCCGAGGGAAGCUGCCUGAUGUCCAGGUGCCCACGCAGGUGCAGGAACUGCGCUUCCACCAGGUGUCCUACCAGGACCAGAACGUGUCCUUCUCAUUCACUAUCAUACCUUGUCCAGAUAAACCCGAGCGGCUAAGAGCAACUCUGCCCGAGAACACGGUGAAGCUUGGUGAAACCCUACCAGGAGACAUCAAGCUGGAGCUUGUGGACCAGUAUGACAACGUAACCAACAGUCUCACACAUGCUUGUUUGAAGUACAUGACCGUGGACGCUGAGGGCCUCAACAAGUCCGAGAUCGCCUUCCAAUUCGAGGAGAACUGCAGCUAUGUGGCGGUGGCCGGGGUCAGUUUCCACUCAGGGUCUCUUGGACCCAGAGAGCUGUGCUUCACCUUCAACGAUUACGUGGCGAGUGCCAUCGUAAAAGUGACUGCAGGAGUUCCUGCGCAGCUUCAACUACUCAGCGGACCUGAGCAGCCUUUACAGGUGUUGAACGGUAACAGCAUCUCCACACCGUUUCUCAUCCAGCUGUGCGACCAGUGGGGGAACCCUUGUCCAGAUCAGGGGGUUGUUGUACAAAUCGAGUCUUCGUCUCCAUCACUGGAGCUCUCCACUGUUACUCUACAACCCGUGGAUGCAGAUGGGAAAGUCUCUUUCACAGUUGAUGGUGUAAACGGCCCAAAGGGGUGCUAUCAGCUACUGUUUAAGAGCUCUUUCAAUGGAAAAGCCAUCUCUGGUCCCUCAGUCAACCUCACAGUCAUCCCUGAUCCCAACAAACCCGUCAAGCUGUCAGUGAAGUAUGACACCAGAGCCAGGUUUUGUGCAGGAGGCACUUUUCCAGUUUUUUCAGUGACUGUGGUGUCCGAUGAAGGAAGUCCAAUAACAAGUUGUAACCCUGCUGAUCUGUCCAUGUUGCUGUGGGAGGGAGAGUCAUCCAUGCCUCCACAGACUGCCAUCAACCUGAAGUGCAGCAAACCAAUGGGAAAUGACAGAAAUGACUGUUUUUACUUCAGAGAUAAAGACAUCCCAGAAAGUACUGGAACGAACAACAUCCAGUUCUCUCUCUUUUGCAGCAAAACAAGAACUUUAUUCAGUGAUCAGAUCAAAAUAGAUGUUGUGGCCAAUCAGCCUGUCAAACUGGGACCCGACUCUCAGCCGAACACACCGGUUGUGUUCUACAGCACGGACAUGACCAACCGCAGGCUGGUUGAGAAUUUGACUUUGAAGAUAAAGGAUAAGUGUGGAAAUGCAGCAGGGCAGAAGCUGAACGGGAAGGUGAUCGUCUCCAUUCGGUGUUGUGAUAAGGAAAGAAACCAAACUCUGCCUCUGUUUGAAGGACAAAAGCAGAGCGUUGAAGUCGGCUUACAGAGAGGAGCAGCUCACAUCCUUAACCUGUCCAUCAUGAAGAACAGCCCCGGGGACAAUGGCAGCACCUACAUCCUCGUCUUCAAGCCUGAAGUGCAGAUGAUUCCCACCGCGUUGGCUGCUUUUGAGCUUCCCUUCAAAUAUUACAAUGAUGCAGAGAGCCAAGGAAAAAUGUCUGAGCUGACCAGGAAGAAGGACCAGCUCACGGCUGCCAUCGCUAAAAACGAAGAAAUAAAUACGUCGUUCAGAGAACUGCGCGAAGCACUGACGAAUCAGCUCCUGAAUGCAUGCAAGAAAGAGGAGUUUUUCAGAAACGAGUUGAACAAAAGAAACAUGAGACUUGUUCAGCAUUCGUCUAUCGCGGAUAUUGACCAGCUUCUCACAGAGAAGACAGCCGAAGCUGAAAGGAAUCAGAACGUGCCCCGGAGGAUCUGCUCCAUCCACAGGAACAACUUCAGUGGACCGGAUGUUCUGGGAAUGGUUGGCCACCUGGCCUUUAUUCAGGACGAUGAUGCAGCGAGAGUCAUCUCCUGGCACCUGACGGGGGACAUGAACUGCGUCGUCACCAAGACAACAGCGGCCGCCAACAGGAUCUACCACGACACCCAGGGAGCCCAGCAGGUCAUGCCCCUGGAUGGUAUUCAUGUGCAGGCGGGAGACAGACCGCUGCCACACAUGAGGAACGGCCGCAAGCUGUUUGAGCCGCCCGGGAACCCGGUCCACGCCAGGAACUUGCUGAUGUUCCCCACCGAAAAAGAGAAGUGUGACGUCGUGUUUAAAAACCUGCUUGCAGACACGAUAGUGAUGGACGACUUAGAAUCUGCAACAAACUACCGGAGGAUGGUGGUGCAGAACAAGAUGCCUUGUCCCACCAUACUGACGAGGCAGGGGGACAGGGUCAGUGCCAGGGGCAAGUUUGGAGGCUCGCAGAACAAAGCUCCACCACUUCACAAAUUAGUAGUGUUUGGAGCUCCUCUCCCGCCGUUCUACGCCAUCCUGAAGGAAGAAAUAGAGCUGCUCUGUCAGUACCGCACGGCCGUGGAGAAGAAGAAGAAGGUGGAAAAGGAGAGAGACAACCACAUACAGACAUGGAGAUCUCCUGAAAAGCAGCAAAAGAUGGAGGAGAUGGAGAAGCAGUUGCGGGAGAUUGAAGAAGAACUUACUUCAGAGAGACCAAGGAAACGAAGUCCGGGGGCUGAUGGGGAUGGAGAGACAUCAGGCAUCCUUACCAAAAGACUCAGGCAGAGGUCCAAAUGAGAGACGCUUCAGUCCAAAAUAAGUCUGAAGACGAGUUUCAAUUGGGAGCUUUUUCCUUUUUAGUUUUGUCUUUUUUUAAAUCGUCAUAUAUUUGUCAACUUUUGAUACAGAAUUCUUUUAAAAAGCAACCUAAAUCCCUUUCUGUAUAAAAAAU